AUGUCAAACAGAUUCUCUGUCUAUUCCAGUCAUUCAGCUGGCUUUUCCACGAGUGGUCCACGAUCAGCACCCCAAACCACCCAGGUGUCCACAACGACCUUGCUGAAUGCACUUCAUGCGUUCUACAAUUCCGGUCAAUCUUACCAGCUAGACGCAGCGACAAGCUUGGUUGUGAAUAGUUGGGCUACCGCCAGGCACACUACUCCCGAUGGCCGGACUGGUGGCACCAUAGAUCGAGAAUUAGCCAUCCGAGCAUGGGAACAUGCUCGAAGGAGGGCGGAGGAUGGAUGUAUCGUCCUAUGCUCGGCUCACCAAUCGACACCCUCCCUCUUCGAACCAUUCCUUGCCGCCUUACCCUUGCCAACACCCAGCAUAGCCUUCACCGCACUUGCCGCACUCAGACCGUUCCUGUCCGCGGUUACAGCAUUCAACCCUUCGUAUUCUCUGUACUCUGCCCUUGCGGCUUCUUACACCUUCACGCUACAAGGAAACCUCGUCGGAUUGAGCUUUGCACUGUCGACUUCGGGCAUCAACGUGCGAAAGGGACUCUUGGAUAUUUCCGCGGAACCGGGAUACCGUGCCUUUGACGUGUUCUACUAUCUUGUGACAUCCGCAUCAACGCCUGCGGAGCGGGAAUUCUUAGCCCUGAAGGAUCCUUCUGCGUACACAUUACUCAACAAGUCAGGUACCUAUUCACCUCCAUCAUAUCUCCCGACUGCCGACGAUGCUGCGGCGGCAGAGGAUUUUAGGGCAGCGUUGAAGGCCAUUGGUAUCAAAGGCGCCUCACAGCGCGGUUUACUCUCCAUUCUUGCAGGCGUACUCAAGCUCGGUAAUGCGGCUGGCUUCCUGGUCGAUCAGGAGGAGCUCGAGGAAGUAUGCGAAGACGUUGGGGGACUGCUGGGAUUAGAUCCGGAGGUGCUUCUUCACAAGUGUUCCACUGAAGAUCGCGAGGUGUUGAUCGCGGGCAUCUAUGAGGCACUGGUUGACUGGGUCAUCGUGAAGGCCAACGAAACUAUUGCGAAUGAGCUCCGGACAAACCAGGAAGGUGAUUCUGGAAGCGGAUCAGCCGGCCAGUGGUCAGACGAGGACACCGUGGGUAUCACGGUUGUGGAUAUCCCAAGGCCUGCCUUUGGUAAAGCUGUGGCAUUGAGAGGAGUCUUUGAUGAUACCCUUGGUAUCAAUGCAGAGAUGAAGGAGGAUGGCGUCCAGAUUCCUCCCGUCGGACACUCUGUGUUCACUGACUUGAACAAUUCCGUAGCGCAGGUCGAGCCAGAUUUGGGAAUUACCACUGGUCCCGCCUGGCGUGAACGGGAAUAUGAGCUCGACAAGAGGCAGGAAGUUCUGGAAAAAGUCGGGUUAGAGGUUGAUAUGGACUCGUUCCUGCGGCAGUUACUGUUUCCCGUGGAAGCUGAAGGGAUCACUGUCGGCAAGAGAGGGCGGUUUGAUCUCAUGACUACCCUGGGUAGCAGUCGAGUCUGGCACCACAUCUCGAUCCAUCCAACCGAUGAUACCCCUGACUCCUUGAACGCUGCCUCGCCCACCACCGCCUGGUCUGCAGGUGCCGUUUCUCGCCAAAUACGUGAGUGGAGGCUUGCCGAAUGGGCCAAUCGGCGUCUGAAGCAGAUGGAUUUUACGGCCGACUUUGACGUGGAGGAGUUUGUCAGCCGGUAUUCGCGAUUGGGCUGUAGAGAAGGAAGGGACGGUGUGGAGAGCUGGUUGAUGGAAAGAGGCUGGACCAACGGCGACGCCUUUGUCGGCCAUCAACGAAUCUGGAUGCGAGAGAACGCAUGGUGGGAGGCGGAGACAAUGCUCGAUCUCAAGCCGGAUGAAACACCCGGAGCAAACUCGUACAUGUACGGCAGUGGCAUGCUUGACACUGGCGUGCCACAGUACGCGGCGAAUCCCAUGGCGGAGUCCGCCAGCCUCUUGGGCAGUCGGGAUAAUCUCCUACAGAGACAAAGCAUGCUGGCACCCAGUGUCGCAGGGGUAGCGAAAUCCGUCGCUCCUAGUAUGCCGAACACCUUGAACAUGGCUGGUGACUAUGGUCUCGGAACCAAGGGUGACACCAAAAAGUGGGAGAACCGACUUUACGACGGCGACUUCACUGGCGAACUUGAUCCCGAGUUUGGUAGUCCCAAGCAUAUCGAGAAGAAGGAAAUCACUUUCGGUCGGCGCGUCUGGUCAGGGUUUGUCUGGGCCUUGACCUUCUGGAUCCCAUCCUUUGUCCUUCGCUACAUUGGCCGCAUGAAACGUCCCGAUGUGCGGAUGGCCUGGAGGGAGAAACUGGUUCUCGUCCUCCUCAUCCUUCUCUUCAAUGCCAUUGUGUGUUUCUAUAUCAUGGCGUUUGGUGACCUGCUCUGCCCGAACAAGGAUAAAGUCUGGAACUCCAAGGAAGUUGGAUAUCACCAAGGUGACGACGAUUUCUAUGUCAGCAUCCACGGUAAAGUGUAUGAUAUCAGCAAAUUCUGGAAGCUUCAGCACAGUGACAACAAUAUCGACGUGACUGCGUCGACCAUGGAGCCCUUUCGAGGCCAGAACCUGGAUGCCUACUUUCCUCCCCCCUUGACUCGAUUCUGUUCGCCAAUGGUGACGGAUCAGUCAAUCAAGAUCGCCUAUAACGACACGACUGCUGACAUGUAUUCCUAUGCGAAUCACAAUUGUGGUCCCCUGAAUUGGGCCUCAACCACCAAGCUACACGAGAUCACCUGGUAUGAGGAUACCUUCCUCCCAAAGAUCCGUGAAUACUUCAAGGGAGAUCUUGUCUGGACAAGAGGAACCGUUGCGACACAGGCCGACGAUAGCCAGCGAUACUGGGUUAUUGUGAACAAAAACAUCUAUGACUUGACGGAUUACUUUUACACAUUGGAUAGGAUGAAUAACCAAGACACCUACAACUUCCUGCCAAAGAGUGUCACAGAUCUUUUCAAGAACUAUCCAGGCACUGACGUGACCGACAAAUGGGGAGAUUCUGAAGACUUCAAGAAGUCUCAGAUAUGUCUCGACUAUGUGUUCUACAAAGGGAAAGUGGAUUUCCGCGAUACCCCCCGGUGUACCGUCAAUAACUGGAUUCUGCUUGCCUUCACAAUUCUCAUAUGCUGUGUUGUCCUUGUUAAAUUCCUUGCGGCUCUACAGCUUGGGUCCAAACGUCGUCCAGCCCCACAAGAUAAGUUUGUCAUUUGUCUUGUGCCAGCAUAUACAGAAGGUGAAGAUGCGCUUCGCAAAGGUCUCGACUCCUUGACAGCCCUACAAUAUGACAACAAAAGGAAACUCAUCUUCGUCAUAUGCGAUGGCAUGAUUGUCGGCGGCGGUAACGAUCGACCAACCCCUAAGAUCGUCCUGGACAUCCUCGGCGUUGAUCCUAAGAUCGACCCCCCUGCGUUGCCGUUCAAGUCUAUCGGACAAGGAAGUGAUCAGCUCAAUUAUGGGAAGGUUUACUCUGGUCUUUACGAAUACGAGGGCAAUGUGGUUCCAUAUAUUGUGGUCGUCAAAGUCGGUAAGGAGUCUGAACAAAACCGGCCGAAGCCCGGUAACAGGGGUAAGCGUGACUCGCAAAUCCUUCUGCUCAACUUCCUGAACCGUGUACAUCACCGUUCCCCGAUGUCACCGAUGGAGCUAGAGAUGUUCCAUCAGAUCAACAACAUCAUCGGAGUCGACCCUGAACUCUAUGAGUACUGUCUGAUGGUGGACGCGGAUACAAGUGUUCGAGAAGACUCACUCAAUCGACUGGUUGCUGCUUGCGCGAAUGAUGCACGGAUUGCCGGUAUCUGCGGUGAGACGAGUCUUCAGAAUGAGGAACGAAGCUGGUGGACAAUGAUUCAAGUCUACGAGUACUACAUUUCGCAUCACCUGGCCAAGGCUUUCGAGUCUUUGUUUGGAAGCGUGACAUGUCUUCCGGGGUGUUUCUGCAUGUAUCGUCUACGAACGGCAGACAAGGGUCGACCUCUGAUUAUUUCAGACAAAGUCAUUGAAGAAUAUGCGGACAACGAUGUAGACACCCUGCACAAAAAGAAUCUAUUGUCUCUGGGUGAAGAUCGUUUCCUCACCACUCUGAUGACGAAGCACUUCCCGACUAUGUCCUACAAGUUCAUUCCGGAUGCCUAUGCCAGUACCGCCGCCCCGGAGACUUGGUCUGUCCUUCUCUCUCAGCGACGUCGGUGGAUCAACUCGACGAUUCACAAUUUGGUUGAGCUUGCGGCUCUGAAGGACCUGUGUGGCUUCUGCUGUUUCAGCAUGCGAUUUGUGGUACUGGUUGACCUGAUUGGAACCCUCAUCCUUCCGGCGACCUGCGUCUACAUAGGGUACCUGAUCUACCGUGUCGCCAGUCACUCCGGCCCGAUCCCAUAUAUCUCCCUCGCUAUCCUGGCAGGUGUGUACGGUCUCCAGGCCAUCAUUUUCAUCGUCAAACGGCAGUGGCAGCAUAUUGGGUGGAUGAUUAUCUACAUCAUGGCCUUCCCAAUCUACAACUUUAUCCUGCCAUUGUAUGCAUUCUGGAAACAGGACGACUUCAGCUGGGGCAGUACCCGUAUUGUCCUUGGAGAGAAGGGUACGAAGCGAGUUGUAGCAGUGGAGGAUGAAGCAUUCGAUCCUCGGAGUAUUCCCCUCCAACGCUGGGAUGACUACGCCCUGGCGAACAACCUUCCGGGUCGUCGUGGCGACUAUGGCGUCAGCCAGGAGAAGAUGUACAGCCGCUACGGAGACGAGGCGGUCAUGGAGAUGGAUGAUCUUCAUUCCAACUAUUCCUCGGUGAAGCCGGCAUCUACCAUCCUUACCGGAUUUCCCCACGGCCGGCACUCGAGUCCGUACAUGCCACCGCAAUCUCCAGCUCCAUUUGGCGGAAACAUUCCGGGCAACCGCAACUCGCAUCUCUCUAGCUUUACCAGAUAUACCGACAACCCACACCAGCGGAAUAUGUCAGUGGGCAACCUCAGCCACUACCAGGAUAGCCCUAUGGGCAUGAGUCGGCACAGCGUGGGACUUAUGCAGAGUACGGACAACCUGCUGGGGGUAGCGCGCCAGAAUUCACGCAGUCCCCUCGGCGGCGGCCUCAACUCGAGACCCGUUAGUGCGUUCGACUUCCGGACUGGUGGUACCGGACCGGAUGAGGGCGCCAUUACAGAAGCGAUCCGCAGCUGUUUGGCAGAGGUGGACUUGGACACGGUGACUAAGAAACAAGUUCGUGCUUUGGUGGAACAACGGCUCCAGACGACGUUGACUGGCGACAAGAAGGCAUUCCUCGACCGCCAGAUUGACCAGGAGCUGGCGAACAUGUGA